GCAGCACUUAGUCAAAUUCUUUAAAAACAUAGGCAAGGUUUUUCUAAUUUCGUGAUAAAACCAUUUCGAUUAAUACCAAUAAUACACGAUUAACCCAAUAUAUUCGCAGUCAACUAUCAUUUCUGCUAUUAAAAUUUAUUCGAAUAUCUAUAUUCAAUCUAAUAAUACAACUGUAAAUUAGAUUACAGCCAAUAUUAGAGCUAAUAAUUGAGAUAGCUAAUAUUACAUUAAUUAUUUAAUCGUACAGACACAAUGUUUAAUACAUCAGGCGCUUUAGCAAGAAAUGUGCGAAUUAUUGGCGGUCAUUCUGCAAGUGUGCGCACAUAUCCAUUUAUGGCCUUCUUCAAAUGUAUUAACGAUGAUAAAAUCUUUUGUGGUGGAUCGAUAAUCAGUAACAAGCACAUCCUUACAGCUGCCCAAUGUGUUAAUGUUGGAAUGGAUUAUUAUAGCCAGAUUAAAGUUUAUACAGGAAUGGUAUCGGAGUUGUUCCCAGGAAAUGUUCAUGAUAUCGACCAUGUUUUCACACAUCCCGGAUUCACGGCUGAGCGCACUCCUGAUAAAGUUUUUACACAUGAUAUUGCUGUUGUCAAGCUGAAAGGACUUAUUGAAUUAAAUGAAAUUCAAAACGUCAUAGAGCUUCCAGCACGAGACGUUGCCGACAAUGAUAAAGGUUUUAUUUUGGGCUGGGGAACUAUAUCACAUCCAUUUCAUUCGUUUCCUACCCAAAUGCAAAAAGCCAAAAUGACUGUAAUUGCACAAGAGGAAUGUGCUAGUUUUUUAAAAUUUAAACUGCACGAUGCUCAAUUUUGCGCAGAUAAUCGACAAGGAAUUGGUCCAUGUAUGGGUGAUAGCGGAGGUCCGUUAGUGAUUGAUGGAAAAAUUGCCGGAAUCAUUUCGGUUUCAGUUCCCUGUGCCCUAGGUGAACCGGAUAUAUUUAUCAGAACUCAUUAUUACAUCGAUUUUAUAAGACACAUGAUGAAUCAUUAAUUCUCUUCUUUAAUUAUAAUAUUCUAUUGUAUAUUAAAAUUUAUAGAACCAUUAAUAAAAAAAUAU